CUCUCAACGGUUCUCUUCCAAACCGCACCAAACCCUCCCAACCCUUCCCUUUCUCUCAACCUAACUCAAAUGGAUUCCUUCACCACCGUCCUCUCCAUCUUCACCACCUCCCAAGUCGAGGACGUCUUCGUCCCCGUCGAGGAAGAAUCCGGCAAGAAGGGUGGCUCUGGCGCCUACUGCACGAUCGCUUGAUCGCCUCCGCCACGACUAUACCGCUCCGGUGCAUCCUUUCACCAUUGUGCCCACAAUCUGCAUCUAUUUUCUUGGAAACAACACCAACCAGCAUCUGUACACACCAUCCACUCAUCAUCAUUUCACGACCACCACAACACUUCAAACAAAUUUCAAGCAUCGUCUCCAACACAAUGCAUCUUCGGUUUCAACAACACAAUGAACGGUUUUCUUGCAAUGUAGUACUUGCACUUGAGUGCUACCAUUAUUGUUAUUUACUUCGACCUUCAAAUUGUAAUCGCCAUUUGAUUACUUCGACCUUUCUGCGGCAAUCCUCUAUCCUCUUCACCGACAGCGCCACCCUCACCGCUUCCACCCUGUCCUUUUGUAUGUACACUGUUCUCUGAGGGAGCAAGUACCGUAAUCGAACCUAAUCGAAGUUUUGCAAUUGGUUUUCUGGGU